GCAUAGCUGAAGAGCAUUUAAACGACAGGAUGGCGUUGAAGUACGACUACAGUGGCCGCACGGCCUUUGUGACCGGCGCAGCAUCAGGCAUGGGCUUGGCUGCCGCCGAGGGCUUUGCCCAGGCAGGUGCCAACGUGGUGUUGGUCGAUCGCAACGAGGAGGCGUUGAGGAACGAGGCGAAAAAGCUGACGGAUGCUGGCCACCGUGCCUUGGCCGUGGUCUGCGACGUUUCAAAGGAGGCGGACGUGGAACAGGCCGUGCAGCGCGCGGUGUCAGAGUUUGGCAGCCUGGACGUGGCCUUCAACAACGCAGGCAUCCAAGCUGAUGCCCUGGAGCUGGCCGAGGUCAAGCUCGAGGACUUUGACCGCAUGCUCUCGGUAAACCUGCGGGGCGUUUUUACAUGCAUGAAGUACGAGCUGGCCCAGAUGCGCAAGCAGGGCUCUGGUUCCAUCGUCAACAACUCGUCUCUGGGUGGCUUUGUGGGCGUUCCAGGCCGCGCCGCCUACCAUGCAGCCAAGCACGGCAUCCAUGGACUGACCAAGACAGCCGGGCUUGAGUAUGCUGCGCAGGGUAUCCGCGUGAACGCUGUGGCUCCCGGCAUCAUUGACACGCCCAUGGUGGCAGGCAUGAAGCAGGCCGAGAAGGGCGUCAUCGAAGACAUGAUGCGGGAUGUGCCCAUCAAGCGCUUGGGUACUGCCCAGGAGGUGGCCGCGGCCGUCCUGUGGCUUGGCAGUGAUGCGGCCAGCUUUGUCGUUGGCCACGUGAUCGCUGUGGACGGUGGCUACGUGGCACGAUAA